UGCUUUCUCAUUUCAACUUGCUUCUGCUUUAGCGUCUCUAAUCGGAACGAGGGCAUAGCCAAGCUGAGCAAAGCUUCGAGAUUGAGUGGGAAUUUUGCUGGCAGCUGCUUUCUCAAUGGCUUUUCUUUUCAACAAAUUCCAAGAUGAUCUCAAAUAACUGAAAAGGUUACAUUUUCAGCAAUUCUUUUUUUCUUGUGAAAGAUGAUAUAGAAUUCAGGAUUUAUGUUAGGUCAAUUGGGCUGUGAGAACCCUUGCAAAAAGCCCCACUUUUUCCAGGGACCCAAGGAAACUCCAAUUUGAAGCUGACAUCAACCUCCUAUUUAUGUAUACCAGUUUCAAUCGUUUGGGAAAGAACGCUGAUGAGGCUGAUGCCGAGGAGAUCAUUGACAUGGCUAGUAAUGCCUCUUUUGCUGACCAACAGAAGCUAGUGCAAGAAAACAUUCAUUAUCAAAUUAAAAGCUUCUGCACUGCUAUGGAUAAAAUUCUUCUUCCCGAUACCAAUGAGCCACAGGAAUCGCAAUCACAUGCUACUCCUUCCCGAAGUGGUCUUAACUUUGCUGUUGGAGGGAAUGGCCCAACUAUUGACCGUCCUGAUGUUCCUGAGAGAAGGCCAUUGAAACGCACUGAACUCUCACAGAGGUUGAAGGAUUCCAUUGGCUACACUCUUGAUGUUAAACCAUCUCAAAUACCCCACAAUGAAGCCGGACAAGGUUUAUAUUUGAAUGGUGAAGCUAAUAUUGGUGCUGUAAUUGCGAUGUACCCUGGUGUUAUAUACUCCUCAGCUUAUUACCGAUAUAUUCCUGGAUACCCUAGAGUUGAUGCUCAAAACACAUAUCUAAUCACACGAUAUGAUGGGACUGUCAUCAAUGCCCAACCUUGGGGUUAUGGGGCUGAAGGACGUGAAUUGUGGGAUGGCUCGAUAAUGCGAGAUAUGAAGCCCAACACAGAAAUUACAGAGAAAGGUUCAGACUGGUUCUGGAAAAUGCUUGGUAAGCCUUUGCAAAAUUCACGAAUGGGGAGUAGUGGUGAGAUUUUGGAGCGUAGAAACCCUCUAGCUUUGGCCCAUUUCGUCAAUCACCCUGCUAAAGAAAUGGUGCCAAAUGUGAUGGUUUGCCCUUAUGACUUCCCACUGACUGAAAAAGACAUGAGAGCUUAUAUUCCUAAUAUAUCAUUUGGAAGUGCCGAACAAGUAAACGUGAGGAGAUUUGGAAGCUUUUGGUUCAGAUGGGGUUCAAGAAAUAGUGGGUCAGAUAUUCCUGUUUUAAAGACUAUUGUUUUGGUGGCUACUACAGCACUUUGUGAUGAAGAGGUGCUGUUGAACUACAGGUUAAGUAACUCAGAGCGAAGACCAUCAUGGUAUACUCCUGUGGACGAAGAGAAGGAGAUGGAGCUAAAUCAAGGGAGCUGAGAUAUUGAAGGUUAGACAGCUAAAGGAAAGACCAGUCAGUGUAGAAUGGAUGGUGAAAAUUGUUUUGAACCAUGCAGCUAGUUUUUAACACAGGCAAAGCAUUCUUGAAAAGGGAUUUUCUUCUAUUUUAGUUACAUCCUUCUUAAAAACUGAAUCCUUAACCUAAUUUAAGGUCCCUAAAUGUAAAGCACUAGAAUGUGCUACACUUAUGUUAUUAUUUUUAGGGAGGAUCAAAGAGACAUGGUGAUGACUGAUUUUGGUAACUCUGCCAUGAAAGAAUUUGGAGUCGGAGUUUUAACUGUAAAUGAAUAUUGAUUACAUGAAUUUAGAGUUUAAUUCAGUUUGUUCAUGUAAUCAUUUUUAAGGGAUGAUGUACAACAAGUUUAGAUACAAAUUUUAAUAUUUGUAAUCUUAUUUUUUAUUUUUAGAUUGUAGGCUCGUUAUACCAAAAAAAUUAUUGAUAGCAUACAUUAAAUAAUAGAAACUGUUCGAUGACUGAAGAGAAAAUAAACCAAUAUUACCAAGCUCCUAUAGCUCUUAUAGUUUCCCAUCGUCCAGCUUUUAAAAGCCAAAUGGGUUCUAUUCAGUAUUACAGUUACAUAUGAAAAUA